AAAGGAGCCGCAGCCCAAGCGCGGCUGAGGGCGCCGGGCGGGGGAGGCGGCGGCGGUGGGUGUGUGCGUGUGUGUGAAGGACGCCACCUCUUGCUCCUGCGUUUGCAGGCGGCAGCGGGCGGCGGGGCUGCUUGCUUUGGCAACAGAGGCGACAGCGGCGGCAGCUUCCGGAGUCCCGCCGCGAAGAUGCUCAAAGUCACGGUGCCCUCGUGCUCAGCCUCGUCCUGCUCUUCGGUCACCGCCAGUGUGGCCCCGGGGGCCGGGAGCCUUAUCCCGGAUUACUGGAUCGACGGCUCCAACAGGGAUGCUUUGAACGAUUUCUUCGAGGUGGAGUCGGAGCUGGGACGGGGUGCUACAUCCAUUGUGUACAGAUGCAAACAGAAGGGGACCCAGAAGCCUUAUGCUCUCAAAGUGUUAAAGAAAACAGUGGACAAAAAAAUCGUAAGAACUGAGAUAGGAGUUCUUCUUCGUCUCUCUCAUCCAAACAUUAUAAAACUUAAAGAGAUAUUUGAAACCCCUACAGAAAUCAGUCUGGUCCUAGAACUCGUCACAGGAGGAGAGCUGUUUGACAGGAUUGUGGAAAAGGGAUAUUACAGUGAACGAGAUGCUGCAGAUGCUGUCAAACAAAUCCUGGAGGCGGUCGCUUACCUACAUGAAAAUGGGAUUGUCCACCGUGAUCUCAAACCAGAGAAUCUUCUCUAUGCAACUCCAGCCCCAGAUGCACCACUCAAAAUUGCUGAUUUUGGACUCUCUAAAAUUGUGGAACAUCAAGUGCUCAUGAAGACAGUAUGUGGAACCCCAGGGUACUGCGCACCUGAAAUUCUUAGAGGCUGUGCCUAUGGACCUGAGGUGGACAUGUGGUCUGUAGGAAUAAUCACCUACAUCUUACUUUGUGGAUUUGAACCAUUCUAUGAUGAAAGAGGUGAUCAGUUUAUGUUCAGGAGAAUUCUUAAUUGUGAAUAUUACUUUAUCUCCCCCUGGUGGGAUGAAGUAUCUCUAAAUGCCAAGGAUUUGGUCAGAAAAUUAAUUGUGUUGGAUCCUAAGAAAAGGCUGACUACCUUCCAAGCUCUCCAGCACCCCUGGGUCACAGGUAAAGCAGCCAAUUUUGUACACAUGGAUACAGCUCAGAAGAAGCUCCAAGAAUUCAAUGCCCGGCGCAAGCUGAAGGCAGCAGUGAAGGCCGUAGUAGCCUCUUCCCGGCUGGGAAGUGCCAGCAGCAGCCAUGGCAGCAUCCAGGAGAGCCAGAAGGCCAGCCGAGAGCCAUCUCCAACUCAAGAUGGCAAUGAGGAUGUUAAAGUUAUUACAGAAGGAGAGAAAAUUCAAGGAGAUGGGGCCUGCGUGGCAGUUGAGGGGGCAGAGGCUGAGCUGUUGAAGGUGCAGGCCGUAGACGAGGUUAAAGAUGCUGAUAUAAAUGCUGCUGAGGCCACCAAGAUGGUGUCCGAGGCAAUGGAGGAUGGAAUAAAGGAGGCUGAUCCGGAAAUAGAAGAGGGCCUAGUGGAGGAAAAGCUGAAGACUACUGAGGAAGCAGCAGCCUCUAAGGAAGAGCAAGAAAACCCUGCUCUGGAAUUUGGAGUUCAGCAGAAUGAUGUGAUCCUGCCAGAGAACUAAAUUGGCUUCCUUCCAAUCUGGGAGCCAAAUCCUGGCACUUUAUGCAUUUUGUCCUUCAGCAGGGAAGGGGUGGAAGCAUGAUGUGCACUAUAGUGAUUCUGUUUUGGGGGUGCAAAACAAAAUACAUAUAUAUCAGUUGGUAAUCCUAACUUCAAUGCAUGUGACUGCUUUAUGAAAAAAUAAUGUCUUCUAUGGUACGUAAUGGAUACCUAAUACCGAUGAAUUAAAUUUGAAAAUGCAAGUAAGUAAACACAACAUAACAUUUAAAAACAUACAUUUUCAGGGACCAGUAGCACACAUUUGAAGUAAAUAGCAACAAAUUGUUUUUGCUUUGAAAGCCUAGCCAUCCUAUAUGCUUUGAUUUCUUCACAAGGCAGUAAUUCCUUUGGACUGUUGCUCAGCUAAUACUAGUUAGAGCAUGUGUUCCCAUGACAGUCACAAUAUUUUCAAUAAUGUGUUCAAACUGUUUUCAAGAAAGUGGUUAGGUUAUAGUUGUAUGGUAUGUGAAAAAAAAAUCCACAUAUAAUGGUAAGAAAUUGAAGCAUACUUUAAGGGCUAUGAAACUGUAUGCCCCUAAAGCUUGUAAAGAGAAUGCUUUUUUUAUCUUGUCUUUAUUUAUAUAUACCAUAUUACUAAUAACCAAAAAUGUCCUAUCACAAAAUCCUGCCAUUUUACAGUCCUGGAAGAAGUAUUUUAUAAACUCAUGCUGAGGAAUGUAUUCUUUCCUUCACUUGUCCUCUAGUAAGAAGUCCUUCUGAUGAACAACACUUAGGGUGGAAUAAAGAAAUUUAGGGAAGAAAAGGAGAUAAGACUAGAACUUACAGUAACAAAGACUGACUCCCUGUCAUUUUUCAGGUAAAAUUGAAUUUAUUCAUGAGCUUGUACAACUUUAAGAAUAGGAACAUUUUUAUGGAUAAACUCUCUAAUCACCAAAUUUCAAAUAUUUUGAAAAAUCUACCCUAAGGGCUGGUGCCAAAAUAUCUGAAUAGAGUGGGAAUAUCCCACUAUAAGAUCAUUCUUUAUUGACUUUACUAUCAUAAGGAAAUAUUUUUGCUUAUAAAAGUCCUUUUUUCCUUCAGUUGAUGGUUAUUUAGAUAUAAUGCUUAUGAACUAAAGACAUUUCUGAAAAGCUAGUAUAUCUUUUUCUCAUAUUUGGAAUGGAAGCACCCAUAACUUACAAUGUAGUUUUGAAAGUUUCCAGGUCAAGAAAUUUAGGAUAAUGCAACUUGUUACUUUCUUUAAUAAACAAAAACAAAAAGAAAUAAAGAAAAAACAGAUUUUAAAUCAGAAUCUUGAGAAGCUAUAACAUUAGACCUAAUAUUUUACCUUUUGUUCCCCAAAAGAUUUUUCUUCGGUUUUCAUGUGAACACAUCUCCCUUAUAAAAAUCACAGUUAAAUUCCAAGUACCUCAGAUUUAUUUCAAGAUUGAGCUGAAAUGAACAUUUUCAUCAGGUUAAUUAUGCAUCACAUUUUUAGUAGGUUUCCUUAAUUUUAAAAAAGGAUUAUUUUCAGGCAAAAAUGAUGGACAAUAAAAAUGACUAUCACAUAAAAAUUUUCAUCAAAAAAAUGAUCUUAAAUUCUUUUGGCUCUUCCUCAAAACUAUUAAGUGGGAAAAUGAAAUUAAAUCUCUGGUUUCUGAGGGCUUUUGGACCUUGCAGACAUUCUGCUUUCCAAGUAUAAAUCUUCCUUUACUACUGUUCUCAAGAGAAGGAAAUGAGAUAGAACUUCUCGUCUUCCGUUAUAUAGGGGCCUGACAGACCACUGACAUGCAGGAAAAAGCCCUUAAGGGCACAUCUGGUCUCAGAGAGAGAUUGUUUUAUGAUUCAUUUUAUUUUUAUGAACUAAUAGUACUUUAUCUUCUUUAUUGUUUCUUCUUUAUUCUCUCUCAGAAUUCCGAUUUUACCUAUUAUAAGGGGCUUACUAAUUUUAACCUUUAAAAAUGACUUCUUCCCCAAGCAUUAAGACUUCCAUUUUAAAAGACCAAUUCCUGGUAUACUUUUCCCACAGAGACUUAGCAGUAUAUAUGGUAAAUGUCCCACAUAUUGGAAAGGGGAAGAAGAGAGGGAAAGGAAUCUUAAUGGAAAGUGGCAAUUACUAGUUGGAAGAUAAGAACAUCUUGUCCCUCCCAGCCCACCUCCGUAUUGUUCCAAGGCAGUCAUUGGAUCAUUCCAGCACUCAGGGCCGACGGCACUGGCUGGACCUGUGGACUGUGCAGUGUGAAGAGCACUGCAAACGCCAAGACCAAUGUGUGUGUAAGAAUUUACCCAUUUAAAUGAGUACACAUGCCUGUUCCUUGGUGAGUACUUCAGGGUGUGAGGGUAAUUUUCUCUUUUUUAACCUGUAAAUUGCACUCUCUAAAAAUCAGUGGGAGUUUUAAAUUUUGACUUGUAUGUUAAAGAUUGUCCUGAUAAUGCGUAAAUAGUGACUGAUUUAGUCAUUUCAGUGGAAAACAAGGCAAACUUUCAUAGGAAUUGGUCAUUUUAGCCAGAUGAUUCAAUCUAAGAUUUUAUAGGGAUACGAUUUAACAUUUUUAACAUUUUUGAGAGAGCAGUAAACAUUUAUAUUGCUUGUUAAAAUGGGGUAUAUUAUCUAUCUCAAAGAUAAUUUAGCUAAAUAAUGUUAGACUAAUGCAGAUAGAAACUUAACUUGAUGGGCUAUUUCAUAAUGUUACCUUAAUGGACAAUAUAGUCACAAAGCAAAAUAAUUAAGGGAAUUUUAGCAAAAAACAACAAUUACAUCUUGCUUUUUAGAGCUGACAGUUAUUAUGUUACAUUAUUAAUUUUUGUUUACAGAUAAGUUCAGAUACAUAACACAAACUAUUUUGCCAUAAAGAAGGACAAUCUUGAAUUAUUUCCCCCAUUUAAAAAGUCUAGUUGGAAUCCCAGUGGUUUUUCUCAGACCAUAAGAGCUCAUUUGUCCCAUGAAUAUGUAAAUAAGGUAGAAAUUAGAACAGUAUGGCUGUAGAAGUUACUGUCUAGAACAAGUGCUAAUAUAAAUAUGAUAUAAACCAUGUAUGUAAUUUUAAAUUAUCUCUUAGCCAUAUUUUAAAAGUAAAAAAAGCAAGUUAACUCUAUAUUUUAAUCUAAUAUGUCCAAACUAUUAUUCCAAUAUAUAAUCAAUAUGAAAAAGAGAUCUUUUAAAUUUUUUAUUUUUAUACUAAGUUUUCAAAAGCAAGAGUUGUAUGUUACACCUUUAGUACAAAUGCUCAAUAGCCACAUGUGACUAGUGGCUA